AUGUCGACCUCCCCAAGCAUGCUCACAAAGUUUGAAUCCAAAUCCUCCAGGGCAAAGGGGAUAGCUUUCCAUCCCAAGAGGCCAUGGAUCCUCGUGUCGCUUCACUCCUCUACGAUUCAGUUAUGGGACUACCGCAUGGGCACACUCAUCGACCGGUUUGAAGAGCAUGACGGCCCGGUACGAGGAAUAGACUUUCAUAAAACGCAGCCUCUUUUUGUUUCCGGUGGAGAUGACUACAAAAUCAAAGUAUGGUCAUACCAGACACGCAGGUGUCUAUUUACACUGAAUGGUCACCUUGACUAUGUACGGACUGUCUUCUUCCAUCAUGAACUGCCUUGGAUACUGUCAAGCUCAGACGACCAAACGAUCAGGAUAUGGAACUGGCAGAACAGGUCUUUGAUAUGCACCAUGACGGGUCAUAACCAUUACACAAUGUGUGCUCAGUUCCACCCUAAAGAUGAUCUAAUAGUUUCCGCCUCGCUUGAUCAAUCCGUCAGGGUCUGGGAUAUUUCAGGUCUGCGCAAGAAGCAUUCUGCGCCAACAUCUAUGAGUUUCGAAGACCAGAUAGCACGAGCAAACUCAAAUCAGGCAGACAUGUUUGGUAACACAGAUGCUGUUGUUAAGUUCGUUCUGGAGGGACAUGACAGAGGCGUCAACUGGGUUGCAUUCCAUCCCACACUUCCGCUAAUAGUCUCCGCUGGUGAUGAUCGACUGAUAAAGCUCUGGAGGAUGAGCGAAACGAAAGCGUGGGAAGUUGAUACCUGCAGAGGUCACUUUCAGAAUGCUUCUGCUUGCUUGUUCCAUCCCCAUCAGGACCUUAUUCUGUCUGUUGGAGAGGACAAAACGGUUCGGGUAUGGGAUCUUAAUAAAAGAACUUCUGUUCAAUCAUUCAAACGAGAGAACGACCGAUUCUGGGUAAUCGCUGCUCACCCUGAAGUCAAUCUUUUCGCAGCAGGUCACGAUAACGGGGUAAUGGUGUUCAAGCUAGAGCGGGAAAGGCCUGCAUCUGCUGUCUAUCAAAAUCAACUGUUCUAUGUCACGAAGGACAAACAUGUCCGCUCAUAUGAUUUCUCGAACCAUGUCGAGUCGCCGUCGUUGUUGUCUUUACGAAAAUUCGGCAAUACCUGGGUGCCACCAAGGACGCUAUCCUACAAUCCUGCGGAACGAGCUGUUCUGGUCACCUCACCAACAGACAAUGGUAUCUAUGAACUUGUUGGCCUACCAAAAGAUGCUACGGGUGUUUCCGAUCCUACGGACAUAAAGCGAGGUCAAGGCAAUUCUGCAGUAUUCGUUGCUCGCAACCGCUUCGCAGUCUUCACCCAGAGCACUCAGCUUGUAGAGAUCAAAGACCUGAGCAACUCCACCACCAAGUCUUUCAAGGCCCCAGGCGGGACGAAUGAUAUCUAUUUCGGUAGUACAGGGUGCCUACUCCUCAUAUCCCCCACCGCCGUUGUCCUCUAUGACAUCCAGCAAAAGAAGCAAUUGGCAGAUAUCACAGUGGCCGGGGUGAAGUACGUAUCCUGGUCCAACGAUGGCCUUCAUGCGGCUUUGCUAAGCAAGCACAAUGUCACAAUCGUGACCAAAUCGCUGGAGCUGGUCAGCACGCUGCACGAAACUAUUCGCAUCAAGAGCGCUACAUGGGAUAACACCGGUGUACUUCUCUAUUCUACUCUUAAUCACAUCAAAUACACUCUCCUUAAUGGCGACAAUGGGAUCGUGCGGACACUCGAUCAGACAGUAUAUCUUGUGCAGGUCAAAGCGAGAAAUGUAUACUGUCUAGAUCGUGCAGCGAAGCCAAAAGUCUUGACCAUCGAUCCAACGGAAUAUCGCUUUAAACUCGCCCUGAUUAGGAGAAACUAUGAUGAAAUGCUGCAGAUCAUCAAGACAUCCAGCUUGGUUGGGCAGAGCAUCAUCUCUUACUUGCAAAAGAAAGGCUAUCCUGAAAUUGCUCUCCAGUUCGUGCAAGAUCCACAAACCCGCUUUGAAUUGGCCAUCGAAUGCGGCAACCUUGAGGUCGCUACACAGAUGGCAAACCAGUUAGACAGGCCUAAGAUCUGGACGAGAUUAGGUGCCGAGGCGCUCAGUCACGGCAAUCACCAGACCGUGGAGAUGACUUACCAGAAGCUAAGGAACUUUGAUAAGUUAUCCUUCCUGUAUCUGUGUACUGGGAAUGAGGAGAAGCUUACGAGAAUGGCAAAGAUUGCGGAGCAUCGUGGCGAUUCCACAUCUCGCUUUCAAAAUGCAUUGUACCUGGGAAGUGUCGAGAAUCGCAUUCAAAUGUUCAGAGAGCUUGAUUUGUAUCCCCUUGCUUAUCUUACAGCCAGAUCUCAUGGUUUGACGGAAGAAUGCGAAUCGAUAUUGGAAGCGACAGGUUUGUCCGAGGAUCAGAUUUCGCUGCCCAGUCUAGGCUCGCCAGCUACAACACCAGUAACCAUCGUGCCGACAUACAAGGAAAACUGGCCGAUGAAGGCUGCAUCUCAUUCAUCUUUUGAAAAGGCACUUGCUGGUGAGGUCGGAGAUGCUAUUGAGGACUCGACCACGGACCUUCUCGAUGAAGAUGUUCCGCCAGCCGACGAUCCAAGUGUCAAGGCUGGCCUUGGCGAUGAAGAAGAGGAUGCUGGCGAGGGAUGGGACAUGGGAGAUGAUAUUGCGCUGGAUGCCGCCGGGGCCGAUUCUGAUUUCGUCAAAGUCGAUAACCCUGACGAUGUAGUCGCUGGUGGUUCUGGAAGCUCAGAGGCUGAUAUUUGGUCCCGCAACUCACCGUUGGCAGCUGACCAUGUUGCUGCUGGUAGUUUGGAGUCUGCUAUGCAAUUAUUGAAUCGUCAGGUGGGCGCAGUUAACUUCGCACCAUUGAAACCAAGAUUCAUGGAGAUAUACACAGCGAGCAAGACUUUCCUGUCAGCAUCAACAGGCUUGCCUCCUCUGGUCAAUUAUGUCCGAAGAACAGUUGAAGAAACUGAUGCUCGGAAGGUGCUACCAAUGAUUCCGCGGGAUCUUGAGACCAUAGCUGCAAAUGACUUACAAGAAGGCUACACGGCUAUGCGGAUGAAUAAACUGGCUGACGGGGUGACGACAUUCAAGGUCAUAUUGCAUUCUCUUCUUGUCAACGUCGUGGGCUCUCAAUCGCAGGUGGAGGAAGCUAGGUCGAUCAUCAGCAAAGCAGUAGAGUACACCCUGGCGAUGAGCGUCGAGCUCGCAAGAAGAGAGAUGGCCUCAGCGAGCGACGCAGAACAGACCUUGAAGAGGCAGCUAGAACUGAAUGCCUAUUUCACCAUACCCAAGCUCGAGGUCGCCCACCGACAACUAGCUCUCACCGCGGCCAUGAAGCAAGCAUUUUCCAAAAAACAAUAUUCAUCGUCGCUCUCAUUUGCCAACCGAAUAAUCGCCAAUGGCACACCGGCCAAACUGGUGGAGAAUGCGACCAGAGUGAAGACACAAAGCGAACGAGCGGGAUCGACGGACCAGUUGGACAUCGAGUUCGAUCCAUUUGCCGAAUUCGACGUCUGUGCCGCUUCCUAUACCCCCAUCUACGGUGGUAGCCCCAGUGUCGCCUGUCCCUUCGAUGGUGCAAAAUACCAUGAUCGCUACCGGGGCCAGAUCUGUCGGAUCUGUGACGUCUGUGAGAUCGGUGCUGCGGCCAGUGGCCUGAGACUUUGGGUCCGCGGUCUGUGA